AUGAGACGUACAAGAAGAGCCACGGCUACUAGACCAACUUCAACGAGAAGAAAUUUAAGAAGUACUAUGGCUGGGAAUUUAAAAGCUGCUUUUCAACAAAGAGAUUCAACUCAAGUAGUGUUGAAUGCUACUGAAACAGUACAAUUAGCUAUUCCAGCAAAUACUAAUGGUGCUACAACUGUAAGGAAUGUUACUAAAUUGCUUUGCGGCACGGAAUUCUUCCAAUAUUAUGCUGGAAUGUAUGAUCAAUUUAAAAUAGAUGGAGUGUCAGUGUCAGCUGAAAUUGUUUACAAUACAUUUGGUCAAGCUGCAAUGACAUUUCCUAAUGUUAUUACUGCAUGGGAUAGAAAUGGUAUAGAUAAAGCAGUAGCAAGUCAAGUAACACAAGAAGGACAAGGUGUAUUAAGUAAUGUACCAAUAGUACCAGGUCCUUAUCAAGUGAGUUCAUAUUCAAGUGCAGUGAGUAGAGCAUAUUAUCCUGGUGCAAGAUGGGGAAUAACAAGAAGACUUGUUGCUUCAUCAUUACAAGAGAAGAGUAUUUAUCUUCCAACAGUAAAGACUGCUGAAGUAUUAACUGAAUCUACUUUAUAUGCUGCUUGGAAUCCUGAUUUCUUACUUUCUGUUCUUUUAGGAAAUCAAACAGCUACAUGUCAAACACUUGUAUUUAAUUUAACAUGGUCAUGGGUUGUUUCACUUAGAGGAUUGAGAAAAAGUACACUUGAUGUUAUUCCAACACCUGCUGCUAAUUCACUUGGUUAUGCUAAUACUAAUGCUGGUACAGUUGCAUCAGGUACAAAUAAUGCAAUGAUUCCAGUUAGUAUGACUACAACUAACAAUGGUGGUGUUGUUACUACAGAUAAUCCAAUUUAUACAUCAAUGGUACAAACAACAGGUGGACAAUUAUCUUCUUCUUCUAAUACUUGGACUGUUGAUUCAUUUAAGAUGUAUUUGAAUAAUAUAUUUUAUAAUGCAGGAAUUUCACAAGUUAAUGCUAUAGAUUUGAAUUAUGACAAAUUUAGUGGAAUUGAACCAUCUCAAAGUAAUCAAAAUUUAGUUAUUAGUGGAGGUAGUUCGAGUGUUAUGAGAGUACGUUUAGUUGUAUUUGCUACUGCUGGUACUCUUGGUGCUGGAGUAAAAGGAUAUAAUAUUUCUGCUUAUUUAUUUGGUAAUGCUAAUACUAAUGCACAUACUGUUACUAUUUCAACUGAUGGUAAUACUUAUGUUUUUGCAAGUAAUGUAUUUGAUAUUUAUGGAAUUAACUUACCUGAUACUUCUACUGGUGCUAAUUCAGAAGUUAAAAUUAAUGUUAAAAGUACUACUGGUUCAUCAACUGAUGUAGUUGGAUCUCUUUUAUAUGCUUAUAGUGGAACAGUUGAAGAUAUGGCAGUUACUAUUGCUUCAGGUGCAUUACCAGUUGUUGCUGGAACAGUAGGAAAUGGAGUAUUGAAUCCAGUUGUACUUGUUAGUAAAACAUUUGUUACUGGAUUGUUUUCAAAUGAUAACCAAAAACUUAUUAGUGCUUAA